UACCUGUGUACCUUCACCUGAGGUGGAGGUACCUUUCCGUACGUGUGCGGGACCUUUGCUGUGCCAGGUACCGUACCUAAGGUAGCGGGAUGUAGACAUACUUUUUUACCCCACAAAUGCCGAUUCCGUUGAAACCUGCGUCCUCCUCCUCUCCCAACUCCCCUGGACAGCUAUGACGGCCACCGCGUCGCCCGAGUCUGCGCCUUCACACGACACUCCAAACCCUAACAGCCCAACGGCAACAACUGACAAAUCCCGGUUACCUCUAGUUACCGAUGUCCUCUCCAUUCCCCUGAGCGGCACAUCUAGCCUACAAGAGAGACCGGAGACACCUACCGAAACCCAAUCGACCCCCCCGAAUCCUUGGUCAGAUAGCUACGAUGCCAACAGGUCUAUGGACACCUCUAUUAGGGACGGAGAUGCCGACGGGAGGCCUACUAAGCGACGCCGGGUCCGUGAUAUAACACCUCAUAACGCCCCUCGUCGGCCUAAGCCUGAGUCGCCUCCAUGGAAGAAGAUAGAGCCUGAUGGACCUACAACGUUUCAUGAAAAUGGCAAGCGCAGGUCUGGCCGGACCAACGCUGUCCCCUUGGAGCUGCAACCGCAGGGCCACAAGAGGAUGACUAGAGGUGCUCUUCAUAGCCUUCAGCCACCCAGCCCCCCCAAGGACAAGCGCAUAGUUGCUAAUAGCCAUGUGAAUGGGACGCAAAGGCAGGCAUCCGCAGGCAAGGGAACACCAUCUAAAGCUCCGAUACCGAGUGCCAAGCUGAAUACAAGAAAAUCUCUGGGUAGUAACUCAAGACCUUCCCUGAGGACCAGGAGGCAAUCUCCCACCCCCCUGGCUCAGACAACACCCCCGAGACGGUCCGCGCGAACACAACGCAGCUCCAGAGCCACCCAGGAUGGCCUUGAUGUUUCCCCUCUCGAACCCACCCAACCUGCCGAUGAAAACCCCGACCUGCGCCCAACCAAGAUACGGUUACGGCUGAGGGCCCCCGCCAUCCCUACCGUUCACCCAGCCCAGGCCAACGUAUUUCCUGGGCAGUCCAUCGCACGUCCUAAGAUAGCGUCUGAUUUUCGCCACUUUGUUAGACGUGCUCCGUCAGUAGAUGUCAAGGAUGGUGGUUGGUUUGACCUUGCAGAUGAAGGAGACCCGUAUACCGAAGAAGCAGCUCAGAAGGAUGCCGUCACUAUCAUGCGAAUUGCAGCUGAAGCUGAACCAGGCGGGCUACUCAGUGAAGGGCGGUCCACACUCUAUGCGCCGGAACCUGCUGAAGAGCCUCCACGGCAGUGGGCGCACAGGGAUCACCUCGUCAAGCAGAUGGCUUAUUUUCGAAAGCUCAUGCUCAUAGAGCAACAACGGCACAGGGUUACGGCAAAGCGACUGGCUGAAGCGUGUCGGGACGAAUGGAUACGUCGUCAGCCCAAGACAGCAGAGCAAAUUGAGACCGAGGCUCGAGCUGCAUGGGCCAGUCGAUACAAGACCGUUGUCAAAGCCAUGGGUGGGAUUUGGGACAAUGUGAAGACCGAAAUCAACCGUCGCCGUCUCGAAGAAUGGGAGGCCGCUGAGCAAAAACGAGUCAAGGCUGCACUAAACGAGGCCGUGAAUAUGUCGGAACUCAAGCUACAGGCCCGCCGAGCACACUUCGAUUCGGAACCCAUGUCUGACGAGGAUGACGGUGGGGCUGCUAGAUUGGAUGAGGAGGUUGAUGAGGAGGAGGAUGAUCUGGCUUCCGACGGAGAGUCUAAUUUGGGCGGGGAAACUGACAAAGAUGAGGACGAAGACAACAUGUCUUCUUCCGGCGACGAAGACGACUUGAGGUCUACCAUCUCCGAUGAGGGCCUAACGCAGGACCAGCUGAGAGAAAAAUAUGCCAACAUUCCCGACCUGCCCGUUGAAGAUUCUAAUGCCGGCACCGUUAGCGAUCAUGAUCAAAAAAUGAUGCUAGUCGGUGACCAAGAUGAAACGUCGGAUGAGUCGAUCGACAUGGACGAUGACUUGGGGUCGAGCGAUGAGGAGACCGGCACUGUUGAAGAUGGUGGCACCUCCGACAUUGAAGAGGCCUCUGCGGACGACGAGGAACCUUCUGAACUCCUAAGCCUCUUUUUCGGCAAAUCUGAACUGCAGGAGAUGAGGCGGGAGGCUGUUGCUAGCAGGCCGCACGUGCCCCAACAGGACGCACCGAUGGAGGAUGCCCCAGGCACGGCACCGUCUCAGGAAGCGAUUUGCGCCGACAAGUCGAACCGCAGCGGGAGCUCGAGGUGUACGGAUGCAUCAGACGAAGCAUUCUAUCGAGAAAAGCCUCUAUCAUUACUACGAAAGAGGCAAAUAAGUCCUGAAAAUGCCUCGAUCGCCCAGCUCGACCAGGACAAAACAUCGGGCGACGUCCCCGAGACUUUUUUUGCCAUGGCUGCUGGACCAUCGAAAAGCCCGCGUGAAGCCAACAAUCCGGGUGCUCCUUUCAUGAUACCAGAACCGCGCCAGGCCCAGGUCGUCGAAACAGACGCAAUCGAUGUUGUCGAACGAGAUAAGGGGAAUGUCCGGGAAAAUGCGCCAACCGAAGCAGUUGAGCAGACCGUUUCGAAAAGGUCUGGUGUCGAUGUCACCGCUGCGCUGUCAGAUCAACAGCCAUUAGCCACCCCAGAUACGGAUGCGAUCUCGAACCCGCCUAGUCGUUAUCGGAGCCAAUCCCCACGGACGUCUGAUACGAAGCCUUCAGAAAUCGACACAGCUUCUGUCAUCAAAUCCGGUGGAAGUAGAUCCACCUCGCCCCAGUACCAGGCGCCAAGGACGGAUGUGCCGUUCCUGUUGCGAGGGACGCUCCGUGAGUAUCAACAUGACGGUUUGGAUUGGUUGGCUGGGCUGUACAGCAACCAGACCAACGGCAUUCUCGCGGAUGAGAUGGGCCUCGGAAAGACCAUCCAGACGAUCGCCUUGUUGGCCCACCUUGCCUGUCACCAUGAGGUCUGGGGCCCACAUCUGGUGAUCGUCCCGACCAGUGUGAUGCUGAAUUGGGAAAUGGAGUUCAAGAAGUGGUGCCCUGGGUUCAAGGUCUUAUCGUAUUACGGCAGCAUUGACGAGCGCAAACGAAAACGCCAGGGGUGGAAGACAGAUGAUAUAUGGAAUGUCUGCAUCACGUCGUAUCAGAUCGUCUUGCAAGACCAGCAGGUCUUCAAGCGCCGACAGUGGCAUUACAUGAUCCUAGACGAGGCCCAUAACAUCAAGAACUUCAAGUCUAAACGCUGGCAGACAUUACUCACGUUCAAUACGCAAGCGCGGCUCUUGCUUACCGGCACGCCUCUGCAGAACAACCUCACAGAGCUGUGGUCGCUCCUGUUCUUUUUGAUGCCGUCCGAGAACGGGGUCGGCGGCUUUGCGGAUCUUACAGAAUUUCAAGACUGGUUUCACAAGCCCGAAUCGCAGAUCUUGGAGAGCGGCCGCGAGCAGAUGGACGACGAGGCUCGUGCCAUCAUCGCGAAGCUGCACAAGGUGCUUCGGCCCUAUCUCCUGCGGCGACUGAAGGCGGAGGUAGAGAAGCAGAUGCCGGCCAAGUACGAGCACGUCGAGUUCUGUCGCCUGUCGCGGAGGCAGCGCGAGCUGUACGACGGAUUCCUGGCCCGAACGGACACUAGGGAGGCACUCUCUUCCGGGAAUUACAUCUCGGUCAUCAAUUGUCUCAUGCAGCUACGCAAGGUGUGCAACCAUCCCGACCUCUUUGUGGAGCGUCCCAUUAUGACAUCCUUUCGGCAGCGCAGAUCGGUUCUGGCAGACUACGAGGCGACAGAGAAUCUCGUCCGGGAGAGGUUGUUGGCCGAGAAACCCAUGAGGACCGUAAACAUGAGCUUUCUCAACCUGGUGCCGACUCAGCACGAGGAUUUAUCGAAGACGAUCUGCGAGAGGAUCUCUCAGCUUAGCUCUCACCGCGCACUCGUAGAUCUCCGGGAGGCGCAGAGGGCGCGCGCUCAAGCCGCCUGCGCCGAUCACGACCCCACGACGAUUGAAUCCAAUCUAGCGCGCUUAGAGAAUGUGUCGCGAUGGGGUCGCUUUGAGGAGUUGCAGCACUGCGUUUACCUGAACGCGCUCCGGCGGCAACAGCGUCCGGUAUAUGGGAAGCAGCUCAGGGACCUCUUAACCCUCGGCAUAGACGAGCGGCCGUGCAAACCCCGCCCAAGGAUCCCGCAAAAGAUCAUGGGUUGGCUAGAAGAGGAGUCCCCGGUGCUGCGAUCAAUGGUGCUUACGCUCGACCAGCGCGCUGCGUCGAUGAGGACCACCAUCUCUAAGUUUGCCUGUGUUACGCCGGCCGUGGUGACUCGAGAUCUCGACCGAUUCGUUCUGGGUUCUAAAGGCGUCGAGGUUUUCAACGACGUGAACCUCCGGUUGGUAGCUCCCGUACGACGCGGACCGUUUGUGCAGGAAGAGGCCCGGCCCGACCCGUGGCACGAAGCAAGGAUGAGACUCAGCAUCCAGUUCCCCGAUAAGCGGCUUCUCCAGUACGAUUGCGGAAAGCUCCAGGCUCUCGACCGACUGUUGCGCAAGCUACAGUCCGGCGGCCAUCGCGCCCUGAUCUUCACACAAAUGACGAAGGUGCUCGACAUUCUCGAACAGUUCCUUAAUAUCCACGGACACAAGUAUUUGCGUCUCGACGGCGCCACGAAAGUGGAGCAGCGGCAGAUCUUGACAGACCGCUUCAAUCACGACAGUCGGAUACUCUGCUUCAUCCUAUCUACGCGCUCCGGCGGCCUCGGUAUUAAUUUGACGGGUGCUGACACCGUCAUCUUCUACGAUCAGGAUUGGAAUCCCGCCAUGGAUAAGCAAUGUCAAGAUCGUUGUCAUCGCAUCGGUCAGACCAGAGACGUCCAUAUCUACAGGCUAGUAAGCGAGCAUACCAUUGAAGCGAACAUCCUGCGCAAGGCGAGCCAGAAGCAGAUGUUGGACGACAUCGUGAUCCAGGAGGGCGGCUUCACUACCGACUACUUCAACAAGCUCUCUGUGCGGGACGUCAUUGGCAGCACGCCAGACGAAUCUGACGUCGUUGGGGACGCGAUGGAUCGCGUCCUCGGCGGUGUGGAGAGCAGCGAUCAGCGUACCGUCGGUCGGGUGCUAGAGCAGGCUGAGGACCGGGAAGACGUCGACGCCGCCCACAUCGCGGAGAGGGAAAUACAGGAAGACGAGGCCGACUUCGCGGAAAAGCCAGCAACAGCGAGUGCGUCGGGAGCUUCGAGCGCUAGGCAAGGCACCCCUGCAACGCGAGACGGUUCCAUGGCGCUGGGUGCGGAGUCAUACCCGAGGCCGGCCAGCGCGGACGGCGCACCGGGGGAGGCGGAGAGCAACGCUUGGGGCGAAGAAAUGCAUACUAUUGAUGAUUACAUGCUCGCUGCGAUGGGUAGGCAGCUCGAAGGGACCGCACUCGAGCUUCCCCGGGACAAAAAGAAGAAGAGCAGGAGCAAGAAAGGCAAGGAUACGCGGAAGCGUUGAAACAGGUUGCUGGGGCUUUUGAAGGGACGGGC